UUGCGUGUGUAUGUGUGCGUGUUUUGUAGCUAUGCCUAUGUGCUUCUGUGAGCCUUGUUCGUCACACAUACUAUCUUAAAUUUAUGCAAUGCAAUGGGACUCUAGCGACCAUGGCUAAGAAACGGCUCUUAUUAACACUGUUCUUGUUUGUGGGCUCAUAUGGUACUUGUGAUGGUCUGUGGUGUAACUGCACUACAGCACAGUGUGCGAAGACAGGAUUCCAGUGUGAGACCGACGGGGCCUGCAUGGCCUCCUCCUCCUCCAUAAAUGGGAAUGAGCAGCACAUUCGUAUCUGCAUCACCAACGACAAGCUGGAGCCUCCCGGCCAGCCCUUCUACUGCCUCAGUGCCGAGGGCCUGUUAAACACACACUGCUGCUACACUGACUACUGCAACAGCAUCAGCCUCAAAGUACCCUCUGUGACGUCUCGGUUGGGCCUGGGGAGUGGUUUUGGCCCGGGGCGCACAUGGGGUCCUGUGGAGCUGGUGGCGGUGAUUGCGGGCCCGGUAUUCCUGCUGUGUGUGCUGCUGAUGCUAGGCGUCUUCCUGUUCCAGCACCACCAGAGGACCUACAGCCACAGGCAGAGGCUGGAGGUGGAGGACCCCAGCUGUGACCACCUGUACCUGGCCAAGGACAAAACCCUGCAGGACCUCAUCUAUGACAUGUCCACUUCUGGAUCUGGUUCCGGUCUCCCUCUGUUUGUACAGCGCACCGUGGCACGGACUAUCGUUUUGCAGGAGAUCAUUGGGAAGGGGCGUUUUGGUGAGGUGUGGCGUGGUCGCUGGCGUGGUGGGGAUGUGGCGGUAAAAAUCUUCUCGUCACGAGAGGAGCGCUCUUGGUUCCGGGAGGCUGAGAUUUACCAGACCAUCAUGCUUCGUCACGAGAACAUCCUCGGGUUUAUCGCUGCUGACAACAAAGAUAAUGGCACCUGGACCCAGCUGUGGUUGGUGUCAGACUACCAUGAGUAUGGCUCUCUGUUUGACUAUCUGAAUCACUACUCUGUCACCAUCGAAGGCAUGAUCAAGCUGGCAUUGUCUGCUGCCAGUGGCCUGGCACAUCUGCACAUGGAAAUCCUUGGCACUCAGGGUAAGCCUGGCAUCGCCCACCGAGACCUAAAGUCUAAGAACAUAUUGGUGAAGAAGAACAGUACCUGUGCCAUUGCUGACCUUGGUUUGGCCGUUCGCCACGAGUCUGUCUCUGACACAAUCGACAUCGCCCCCAACCAGAGAGUGGGCACCAAGAGGUAUAUGGCCCCUGAGGUUCUGGAUGAGAGCAUCAACAUGAGACACUUUGACUCGUUUAAAUGUGCAGACAUCUACGCCCUGGGCCUAGUCUACUGGGAGAUAGCACGCCGCUGCAAUGCUGGAGGUAUACAUGAGGAGUACCAGCUGCCAUACUAUGACCUGGUGCCCUCUGACCCUUCCAUAGAGGAGAUGAGGAAGGUGGUGUGUGACCAGAAACUACGACCUAACGUGCCCAACUGGUGGCAGAGCUAUGAGGCCCUGCGUGUGAUGGGUAAAAUCAUGAGGGAGUGUUGGUACACUAAUGGAGCAGCCCGCCUCACUGCCCUGCGCAUCAAGAAGACCCUGUCUCAGCUCAGCCAACAGGAGGACAUCAAAAUCUGAGACCGAGAGACAGAGAGAAAGUGAGAGAGCAAUGGCCAAAAGACUUUAGGGGGGAGGGGGGAGACCCUGUCCUAGACAAAGGGACAAGGUUUUAUUUGCUAAAAGAACGCAUAAGUUAAAGAACAAAUAGACUGAUGAUGAAAGCUAAAUUGAGGUGGAAAGAAACCCUCUCCUGCCAGUUUGUCAAACCCCUUGAGUUGUGACCAGCCCUACCUCGCCUGCUCAGCUAAAACUACUGACGUGUCCUAUCCUCCCCUGCCCAGCAGCCCCUGCCCUGACAGCCUCCUCACUCACAGCUGUCCCUACUGAAUCGGCUGCACACUGCAAUUACUGCUACUAUUAAUACUGCCCCCUUCAGUGUCUCUGGUUGAAUAAUAAUAAUAGUAUACAGCUGUUUAUUUAAUAACAGCAGAUGUCAGUUAAUUGCAUCCUUUUUGUUCGGUUAGUAGGUAAGUUUCUGUCUUUCAGUCAGGAUUUUUUCUAUUUAACUUAUUUUUAGUUUUUCUGCCUUUUCAACUUCAUCAGUUGAGGAAUGAGGACUUAACUGUUGUUAUUCCAGAUGAGGAAUGAAUUCUGGAUAGAUUGAAUCUCAUUUAGUCAAAUCCUGCUGAAUAAAGACCUGCAUCUUUUUGGUUUUUGCUCCACUGUAUUUGUAACUCUUUCUCUGUCACCUCAAUCUAAGACAGAAAUGGAUUUAACAAAUGUAUGACUCUAUGGUGAGCGAGUCUAUUAACUGUAUUGAAGCCAAUACACUACUGAAUCAUUUUUGUUCUUUCACACCUCCAUGUUCUUUUUCCCUCAGGGUUUGUUUACCCUGGCAAAGUGUAACCACUGUAUAUACAAUGACUUUUUUAAAGUAUGAUGAUGUACAUAACUCCUGGAAUUCAUUUUUAUUUUUCUUUAAAUAUUUAAAUCAUGGGUAUAAUGGUUGCACCUUUUAUACUGGUAGUAAAUGUGAGAAAAGGAGAAUGCCUUGUAUGUGCUCAUUAUCCUCUACUGUACCAAUCCAAAGCAACACAACUGUAUGUCAGUCACUUCUGAGUCAUCAGAGCACAUACUGAACCCUUUCUAUGGUCUCUUGUGAUGUAGAACAGUAUUUGAUUCAAUAUUUCACUCUGUAUCCUGCAAUCAAUUAUCUACCCAAAACCUCCUUGAUAUGCAAGUUGUAAAUAGUUUGUAUCAUGUGCACCGACUCAGAUGUUAAACAAUUUUUUUUGUCCACAGUUCCUUAGUUUUUUUCUUUUCAGGAAACAUUAGGUUUUGCAUAUGCGUUUGUCCCAUAUUGUUGCUUUUUGUUGUUGUUGCUCAUAAGGUACUGCUGAUGUGAAGUCUUCCUUGUCAUGUUAUAAAAGCCAACCAGAUUUCCUAGGAAAAAAGGCUGACAGGCCAUGUGUGCACUAUUCCACUAAUAGAACACAACCAAAUUGUCAAAACCAGUUUUUUUGGGGGACUCGAUUGGUGUAAGGAGCACAUAUCCAAAACCAUAGGAGACGAUAAGAGUCUCGAUUCACUUGAAUCAGUUCUCAAAAGUGAUGAAUAUUAGAUGUUUUGUAACUGACAGGGUCAAAACUACCUUUGAAAACAUAAUAGGAUAUUUAGUGUGCUUUAUACCUCGAGGUUGAACUUCAUUGUGAAUAAGAAAUACUACUGAUACUUGCUUCUCAGUGCUGUCUCACAGGAAGUAGAUAUGCCUGUAUUUAUUUUAAUCUUAUUUAAUCAAAUCUGUUAGUUAUUGUUGAGUUCAUGCUCAUCUGCACUGUAUUUUGUAUACCUUGGGAGAAGUCAAUAGGUAAUGGUGUCCUGAACAUUUUUGGGAGUGGGAGACCAGGACCUGGGUGUUAUUACUGUAUAUUGAGUGGAUGGGGAAUGGUGAUCUUAUGCACAUACUAUGAGGCCAGGAGUUUUGCCUGGCUGUGUGUCCAGAAGCCUGCGGUUGAUGGCAUCAUGCCUGUGGAUACUGUACAAGCAUGACCAUCACCUAGAAAAGCUGUUGUAUUGCACUAUUGGUUGUUUUUGAUGAAGCACUGUUGGAUAAGGAUACCCAGGUCUCUAUACAGGCAUGUGGGCUUAAAGGCAACUGAAUCCAAGUAAAAAUGGCAGGACUAAUUUCCAAUAGUGUAAAUAGGUAUUCUAUAGAGAAAUAAAAACUCCGGUUUUCCAAUG